AUGCCACCUCCAAAAUCAAGGAAAGCCUCCGGGCCGGGAAGAGCAAUUAUAAGGGAUAGAUUUAAAGAAAGUUCUAGACCAAAGGAUAGGGAUACAAUUUUGCAUACGACAGAGUUAAAUGACGGUGCUGGUUGGACAAAGUUACAAUCGAUAACUCAACAGAGAGAUUUAGAUGAAUUCUUGGCUAAUGCUCAAUUGGCAGGGACACAAUUCACCGCCGAAAAAUUGAAUAUCAAAGUAGUUACAAAUAGCUACCACAACCCUUUCCUUCUAAGUGCAGACAAGGAAAAAGAAACAUUGGAAAGACACGAAGCCAACAAAGAAAGACUCGUGAUCCCCAGGAGACCAAACUGGGAUAAGUUUACUACGCCUAUGCAAUUGGAAAUCAAUGAAAAAAAUUCUUUUCUACAAUGGAGACGAGAUCUCGCACACCUUCAGGAACAUGAUGAAUUCCUCCUGACGCCAUUUGAACAUUCAAAUGAUCCUCGAGUCCGUAUAAAUACGGCAGAUGAUUUAAUAUCACUAUUGGCGAUGGAGGCUGGUGAAAUUGAAGAAUCACCUGAUCCAGAUCGGAAGCUAAUGAUAGGUUUAGUUGGAUAUCCAAAUGUUGGCAAAUCCUCCACAAUAAAUGCGCUUCUUGGAGAAAAGCGAGUAUCGGUUUCAUCGACUCCUGGAAAAACAAAGCAUUUCCAAACAAUACAUAUUUCCCCUUUAUUAGUCUUAUGUGAUUGUCCUGGAUUGGUUUUUCCAAAUUUUGCGACGACGAAUGGCGAUAUGGUUUGUAAUGGAGUCUUACCGAUUGAUCAAUUAAGAGAAUAUACUGGACCUGUCGCUUUAAUUACUCAAAGAAUACCCAAAUAUGUGCUUGAAACUAUAUAUGGGAUAAAAAUUAAAAUCAAAUCGAUGGAAGAAGGGGGCACUGGCACUCCCACAGCAGAGGAAUUAUUGGUGGCCUAUGCAACCGCUCGAGGGUUUACCAAAUCAGGGCACGGUAAUCUUGACGAGUCGAGAGCAGCAAGAUAUAUUUUGAAGGAUUAUGUAAAUGGAAAACUUCUUUUUUGUCACCCACCACCCACUGGAAUAUCAAAAGAGGAAUUCAAUGCCGAGACUCAUGAUCUAAAGUUAUAUACCAAAAAAAAAAAGUUGGUUUCUAUAGUUGAUGACAAGAUUAUCAAAGAUACUGGAGAUUCAUUAUCAGUUAACGCUCCUAGUUCCGGUAGCAAAUCGGAAGCACUAGACAAAUCAUUUUUCAGUAAUAAUAAACAGUUUUCCGGACCAAAGAUUACGGGUAAAUUUGCAUCUUCUGGAGAAUUCA